GGUUAACGUUUCGGCCGAUUCCCGUUUACGGUCCGCUUUAAUGGGGCAUAUUAACUGAGUUUAGGUGUCGAAUCCAGGCCUAUGAGAGCCUAAGCUGCUGUCAGCUAUAGGUACGGUACGCCCUAUCUUAAUGAGCCUUAUUAGCAGUACGGCACAGUCAAUUCAUAAAAUAAACAUGCUGACUAUGCCCAUUUUGGAGUAUCUGUGUUACCUGAAUUCAUUUAAUUUUAACGAUAAAAGAAACACUCGUCGUAAUAAAUCAAAUUUUAGAAACUUAUCAUCAUUUUCACUAAAGUGGAAGUGAAGUAGAGGAUGGGUUCAUUUUUAUCAAAGAACGAGUUCCCGGUUGAUGGGCGGACCGUUCUUAUCACCGGUGGCUCUUCUGGCCUUGGCUUAGGUGCGGCCCGUCAGUUGGCCGAGAAGGGAGCUAACGUCAUCAUCGUCGGCCGUAAUGAGAGCAAGUUGCAGAAAGCCUUGACUCAUAUCAAGGAAGGAGCCCAAUCACUUGAUACUCAGCGCUUCUUCUACAGUGUUGCGGAUGUGACUAAGCCCCUCGAAUGCCAGAGGGUAGUCUCUGAAUCAAAACUCUGGAAUCAUGGUGCCCCGCCGGAUGUGGUCUGGUGUUGCGCGGGUAGCGCCCAUCCCAGCCUAUUCAUCGACACGCCACUUGACCAAUUCCAGACCAUGCUCGACAGCAACUACUUAUCGUGCGUGUACAUGGCGCACGCCACACUAAACCAGUGGCUACGUCCCGCAUCCGAGAGCGCACAGUCUACAGCGGGGGAGACCAUCGAAAAGAAAACGAGGGAUUUACGUCCCCGCCACCUCAUAUUCACGGGGUCCUUCGUCUCCUUUUAUAGCUUCGCGGGUUUCGUCCCAUACUCGCCGUCCAAAGCGGCCGUGCGCGCCCUCGGCGACGCACUGUCCCAGGAGAUGAAUCUGUACUCCUCCUCAUCGACUCACCCCGCAGUUCGCGUGCAUACCGUGUUCCCGGCAACGAUGCCGACGAGUGGACUCGACGAUGAAAACGCGGUUAAGACGGAUUUGACAAAGGCGUUGGAAGAGGGAGAUCAAAUCCUGUCGCCCGAGGAAUGCGCGCGGCGGGCUAUUGCCGGGCUGGAGAGUGGUCAGGAAUUGGUGCCUACUAGCACCAUCAUCCGGUUAGUCAUGGCGAGUGUUCUGGGGGGCAGUGUGAGAGGUGGAUUCUGGACAGGGCUGGUGAACACGGUGCUAGGUUGGAUUACGGCUGUCGUGAUGAUAUUCAUACGGUGGGAUAUGGAUUCCAAAGUCGCCAAGUGGGGACGAGAACAUGGGUUCAGCGGCAUGAAAAAGAAGGAUUAAUGGUUUUAGGUGUUGGUGGUUGGCAGUUUGAGAAGGAUGGAGAGAAAGUGGAUUCUUUUUGACGCGGGGAGUCUGGGAAGACUGGACUGACCGCCUUGAAUAACGAGACGAGAGAGGCUGGGCUACCUAAGGCAUUGAUUGUAUUUUCUGCUUCGUUGAUGAACGGACCACAUAUUCGCAUAAUCCACCGAGGAGUCAUCUGGACCCUUAACAUUUCUACAGGCGCGAUACCCUCGGUUCAGAGAUUUACUCUACGAUACAAUACAUCUCGGAUGACGUACGCGA